GCGAACCAGUCGCUAACCCAGGCUGAAUUUAGCUCCUCCCCUAACAUACAAAGAACUAUGCGCCAGGGAAGAUGGAUCUCUUCAACAAUACUUCCUUGACACCAAUUACUACUUUCCUAUUAGACAAACUUGUGGCGCCAUCAGGAUGGGUUCCCGAGGGGGGAAAAAAUGCAAAUAGAUGAAUUUAUGAAGAGCAAAAGGCAAAUAUGUGGAGGUUCACUCAAAGAUAUUUUGAAUGAAAAGAUUGAGCUCAAGAAUCUUUGGUGUUUUUUUUUUGGUUUAAAGUAAAGAAUGAAGGGAAAACACCUUAUCUGAUUCCGGUGGCAGAAGUGCGAGUUUGGGGAGAUGCAUUGGUGUGGCUUGCAUGACCUCAUGGAGAAAUGAGCUAAUUGUUGGCUCUGGUCGCUUGCUUAUCUUUGGGUAGUUCAGGCAUGCCUUUUUCCCUUCCUCGUGGAGGAUGUUCUGGACUGUUUCAGGGUUUCUUUUGGGUCCAACUUUUUAAAGCCUUUCCGUUCUCAUUUCUGGCUCGCCGUGCAGCAACUUCAGAGCUCAAACCUGCGUCAUUAAUUGACAGCUAGCAUGUGCUGACCGCCAUCCUUUUCCAUUCCCGCCCUGCACUCUCUCUCUCUCGUCCCGCCUCACUCAGCUCGCGCACGGCGCUGUUUUGGUGGGUGUUGCCAUGGCAGCGCGUGGUCAGAAAGAGGCUUCACACACACACAGCAUCUUGUAUUCUCUCCACAGAGGGCCGCUGAGGGGGAGGGACGCACAAAGCAGCCCAGGGGACACUCACUAGCUAGCCUCCCUUCUGUGGACUUUUUAAUUAUUUUUCCUCCUAAAUUUUGAACUACUUCUUUGCGCGUGCGCUUUUCAACGCAACCAUUUGGUCAGGAACAAAAUUAGGAUUUUCCCUCAUAUUAUGCACAGCAAUGGAUACCGACGGCUCCGUGAUUAGCACACGAGCCGAGGAUCAAUCCUUCCAUGUCCGCUACAGGAUGGAGGUGUCCUGCCUUGAGCUGGCGCUGGAGGGCGAGCGCCUCUGCAAGUUGGGCGACUACAGAGCCGGCGUAUCCUUCUUCGAAGCCGCCAUCCAGGUGGGCACGGAGGACCUGCAGGUGCUCAGCGCCAUCUACAGCCAGCUGGGCAACGCCUACUUCCACCUGCACGACUACGCCAAGGCGCUGGAGUUCCACCGGCACGACCUCACCUUGACCAGGACCAUCGGGGAUCUGCUCGGCGAGGCCAAAGCCAGCGGGAAUCUUGGCAAUACACUGAAGGUGCUGGGGAGGUUCGAUGAGGCCAUGGUGUGCUGUCAGAGGCACUUGGAGAUAGCGAGGGACAUCAGCGACAAGGUGGGUCAGGCGCGAGCUCUCUACAACUUUGGCAACGUGUAUCAUGCGAAAGGAAAAAGUAUUUGCUGGAGUGGAGCAGAGCCUGGAGAUUUCCCAGAAGACGUUAUGGCGGCGCUGAGGAAGGCCUCGGAAUAUUACGAGGCAAACCUGGUGCUCGUGCAGGAGCUUGGUGACCGGGCCGCCCAGGGUCGAACGUACGGCAACCUGGGUAACACUCACUACCUGCUGGGGAACUUUCGCAACGCCGUGGCGUCUCAUGAGCAGCGUCUCCUAAUAGCAAAGGAAUUUGGUGACCGCUCCGCGGAAAGACGUGCUUACUGCAACCUGGGCAACGCUUACAUCUUCCUCGGAGAGUUCGAAGUGGCCGCCGAGCAUUAUAAGAGGACGCUGCAGCUGGCGAGACAGCUGAAGGAUCGGGCGGUGGAGGCUCAGGCAUGCUACAGUUUGGGCAACACGUACACUCUGCUGCAGGACUACGAGAGAGCCAUCGACUACCACCUCAAACACCUCAUCAUAGCCCAGGACCUCAAUGACCGGAUUGGCGAAGGUCGAGCGUGCUGGAGUCUGGGAAACGCCCACACUGCACUUGGUAGCCACGACCAGGCUAUGCACUUUGCUGAGAAACACCUGGAGAUCUGCAGAGAGACCGGAGACAGGAGCGGCGAGCUGACGGCGCGUAUGAACGUCACAGAUCUGCAGACGGUCUUAGGCCUGAGCUACAGCACCAAUAACUCCACCCUGUCCGAGAACAUCGACGACAAGAUGCAAGGGGCGAGGCCGAGGAUGAGCAGGAGGCGCAGCAUGGAGAACCUGGAGCUGAUGAACCUCACGCCUGACAAGAUGAACGUUCAGAAGUGGAGCAGCGACAUCCUGAGCAAACAGAGCAAGCCCAACCUCAUCAAGGGCUCCUCCAAGUUGUUCUUUGUUAGCCGUCUGCGCGGGAAGAAGUUCAAAGCCGGCGGAGGUUCCAGUAAGGUCCUCCAGGACGCCAGUAACACUCUGGACAGCGGCAACGUGCCCCCACACGGGGCACAGAAGCGAUCCAGUCCUGACAUGCUCGGGGACGAGGGCUUCUUUGACCUCCUCACUCGCUUCCAGAGCAACCGCAUGGACGAUCAGCGCUGCUCCGUUCGUGAGAAAGGCAGCAGCCUUUUGUCGCUAAACGGCGGCUCCCACUCUCCGCCCAGGAUCAUCAGGAAAUCCGUUUCUGAUUCCGCCAAUGUGUCCGGUGCUCAAGGCCGGCGGGUCGAGGACUCCUCGGUCGCCGGCGGGAGCCUGCCGGGUCUCAGGCUCAAUCAGAACACCAACCAGGCCGUGCUCAACCACCUGAUGGCCAAUGCAGACAACGCCGAGCCCGACGAAGACUUCUUCAACAUGCUGGUCAAGUGCCAGGGAUCCCGUUUGGACGACCAGCGCUCCGCACCUCCUCCUCCUCCGGCGCGUGGGCCCACGGUACCGGACGAGGAUUUCUUCAGCCUCAUCAUGCGCUCGCAGGCCAAAAGAAUGGACGAGCAGCGUGUCACGUUGCCCUCCACCGCGGCAAAGACCAACGCUGCCUCCAACUGAACAAAGCACUUACGUUCCCCAAGGACCCCCUUGAAAGGUGGGGUUUACAAUACCUUUCAAGUUCAAA